AUGGUAAAUUCCCCUCCCCCCUGUUAUGAAGAAAUUACCUCCUUCCACUCUAUUGAUAUCGAUAACCCUCACCCUCCAGCCACCCUAUCGACGGACGUCCGUCUAAUCAACGACGGUUCAAUCGACGGUAUUAAAUCACCCGCCGCCACAAAGAUCCAAAACCCUAACUUCAAAUCAACCAAAAUGGCUAAAAAAACCAGAACAAUCACCACCAAAAACCGAACAAGUGUGCAACGAAAACCCUUAAAGAACAAAAACAUACGAAAAAGACCUCGUAAUGAACAAGAUGAUGAUUCAACAACCGAACAAGAAGCGGAACCUUCAGUUAUAAUCAACAAGAAAAAACAAAUUACACCGGAUAAUAAACUCCACUUUGCAACAGCACCAUCAAAACGUUCAACAGAUGACCAACAGCAUCCAGUUGCAGCAGACAUAAAAGCAACAAUAUUCCAAUUUGAUUCAUCAAAAGAAAUUCAUGGGUAUACGGAUUAUAAAGCGGGGUUUAGGCGAGACCGGACAUUUGUAAGGAUUGUAAGGAGACCGAGUAUUGUGGGUACGGUGAUUCGUGGGGAUUAUAAGUCGGGGUGGCAGAUGGAGAAGGAGUGGGAUGAAGCUGAGAAAGCGAGGAAGAGAAAAUUGGCGGUGAAAGGAUAUAAUGAUGAUGAGAAGGAUGGACUUCCGUUCGCUUGUUUUAUCUACAAAUAG